GGCCUCUUUCCUGUUCCGGCGCCUGAGCGAGGCGCGUGGAGCGAGCGCGGCCGUGAUUCUGAGCCCCCGUGCCCGGCGUCCAGAGACCUUCUCCGGCCCCCAGAGCCGACCGAGAACCGAGCGACAUGACUGAGUGGGAGACAGCGGCGCCAGCUGUGGCUGAGACCCCUGACAUCAAGCUGUUUGGCAAGUGGAGCACGGACGACGUGCAGAUCAAUGACAUCUCCCUGCAGGAUUACAUUGCGGUGAAGGAGAAGUAUGCCAAGUACCUGCCCCACAGCGCGGGGCGCUACGCAGCCAAGCGCUUUCGCAAGGCCCAGUGCCCCAUCGUGGAGCGCCUCACCAACUCCAUGAUGAUGCACGGCCGGAACAACGGCAAGAAGCUCAUGACCGUGCGCAUUGUCAAGCAUGCCUUUGAGAUCAUCCACCUGCUCACCGGAGAGAACCCGCUGCAGGUUCUUGUGAAUGCCAUCAUCAACAGUGGUCCCCGUGAGGACUCCACCAGAAUUGGACGGGCAGGGACUGUGAGACGCCAGGCCGUGGACGUGUCUCCCCUCCGGCGGGUCAACCAGGCCAUCUGGCUGCUCUGCACAGGGGCCCGAGAAGCAGCCUUCCGCAACAUCAAGACCAUCGCCGAGUGUCUGGCUGAUGAGCUCAUCAAUGCUGCCAAGGGCUCUUCAAACUCCUACGCCAUCAAGAAGAAGGAUGAGCUGGAACGUGUGGCUAAAUCGAACCGCUGAUCCCAGCAGCCUCUGUCAAUAAUAAAUGCCCCCUGCCCCUGUCGUGGGGGCAGGGUCCCUGUGCCUGUC